CUUCCUUUCCAUCUUGGGCCUGGCAGAAUGGCUCCCACAAAGAAGGGUAGCAAGAGGAGGGGCUGUUCUGCUAUCAAUGAGGUCAUGACCUGGGAAUACACCACCCACAUUCACAACAUCUGGAAAUCUGCCAUGAUGAAGGAAAUGGGAACUCCAGAUAGGCGCACUGAUACUAGGCUCAAAGCUGCCUGGGCUAGAGGAACAAGGAAUGUCCCAUAUCACAUUCAAGUGCAAUCAUCCAGAAAACAUGAGGACGAAGAUUCACCAAACAAGCUCGAUACUUUGGUAACCCACGUCCCUGUUACCUUGUUCAAAAAUCUAGUCAAUGUGGAUAAAAACUGUAAAACAACAACAAAAAAACCUGAUCUUCUUGUACAGCUGAUGGUUCCAUUUUAUUUGACUCUGUAUAUCAGCAAUUAUGCUUUGUCAAGUUGUGUGCCAGCACUGAGCGCACAGAAAUGA